AAUAUCUAACAAUUAAAGCUUUGAAAUGGAAAGCUUGUAUUAUCUCUUUAUUACCUUCUCCUUCAUAUUCUUACUUUACAAAACCCUUUUUCAUCGCACCAAAAAUCAACCACCGGCUCCAUUUGCUCUGCCAAUUAUUGGCCAUUUGCACAAACUCAGAAAUAAGCCACUUCCUUUAGCAUUACAGACACUCUUAUCACAGUAUGGUCCGAUCGUAUCGCUCAAAUUCGGCUGUCGUUCGGUUCUCGUAGUAUCUUCACCAUCUCUGGUUGAAGAGUGCUUCACCAAAAACGACAUCACUUUCGCCAACAGACCAAGAUCAAUGGCAGCCGAUCAUUUCACCUAUAACUAUAGCUCCUACGCGUGGGCGUCUUACGGAGAUCUUUGGCGAACUCUACGUCGUUUCACCGUUACUGAACUGUUUUCGUCGAACAGCCUACGCAGAACUUCCGCUAUCCGUGAGCAGGAAGUUUGCAGACUAUUACACCGAUUGUAUAAAGUCUCAGCUUAUGGCAAGCAAAAGGUGGACAUGAAGUUUUUGAGUUCUCUUCUGAUGUGCAAUGUCAUGAUGAGAGCUACGGUUGGCAAGCCGUGUGUGGACGUCGAGGACGAAGACACCGAGGCUGAGAAGCAGUUGCUUGAGGGAUUUAAGGACAGGUUCUUCCCAACUGUCGCCAUGAAUAUAUGUGAUUUUAUCCCAUUCUUGAGGAAGAUAGGUUUUAAAGGAAUAGAAAAGAGCAUGAUAAAGACGCACAACAUUAGAGAUGAGUUUUUGCAGAGUUUAAUUGAUGAAAUUCGAGCGAAGGGAAUAAAUAAGGAGGAGAAGAGAUCGGCGGCUGAAACUCUUUUACAUCUUCAAGAAUUAGAACCCGGAGUUUACACUGAUGACGUUAUUAAAAGUAUUAUGGUGCUGAUGUUUAUUGCAGGAGUAGAAACUUCAGCAGUUGCUUUAGAAUGGGCAAUGUCACUCCUCCUGAUGUAUCCAGAAAUACUUCAGAAACUAAAAGCAGAGAUUGACAAUUACGUCGGACACAAGCGGUUGCUGAAUGAUUCAGAUCUUAUCAAGCUUCCCUACCUUAGAUGUGUUGUGAACGAAACGCUAAGAUUAUAUCCUCCAACGCCUCUCAUAUUACCUCGUUUAUCAUCUGAAGCGUGCAGGGUAGGAGGAUUUGAGAUACCAAAGGAUACAGUGCUUCUGGUGAAUGUUUGGGCUAUGCAUAGGGAUCCCAAUGUCUGGGAAGAGCCGUCUGAGUUUAGGCCUGAAAGAUUUGAAGAGGAACAACAUGAGUUCAAGUUUCUUCCGUUUGGAAUGGGACGGAGGGCUUGUCCGGGUGCUGGCAUGGGCACACGCAUAAUUGCCUUGGCAGUAGGUUCACUUAUUCAGUGCUUCAAUUGGGAACAUGAUGGAUUGGACAUGGCUCAACAUUUUGGAUUGUCUUUGUCCAAGGCUAACCCUUUGGCUGCUAUAUGUUGUCCCCGCCAGGAGUUCGUUAAUCUCCUCUCUCAACUUUAGACGUUGUGGUAGGUUCCUUUUCUAUGUAUACAAGGUCGAUGUUCGCGCAUUACGCUGAUAAAAUUAAAUAAAAUUAUAAUUUUUCUUAAUAA